UCGAGAGUGACAGCAGCUCCUCGUUGACGCGACGAGGGACGGUUAAACGGUCAUCAACAUGUGGGACAGGAAGAAGGAAGUAGCGAUUAAAUCAAUUAGUAAUUCAAGCAUCUGUUGAGAAAAUAUCCGGUUAGAAGAGAGCGAUAUCAUGUAGGAUUGCCCGCUGUUAGCAGAGUGUCGGCCGUGGUGUGGGGCGUGCGCGCGCACCAACAACACUGGAGCGAGCCGCGACGAUCAGCUCGCAGAGAAUUUCGCUGCGGGUUCGGAUCUUGUACUCGGGAGUCGGCGAUUCCGCGAUAUUGCAUGGUGGCGGUGGCGGUGGUGGUGUUGAGAAAACAGUGGCCACACUCUCGUCGUCGUUCGAUCGACGAGCUGGGAUUGGUAUAAUCGCGGAUCAAUCGGCGGUUAAAUAAAAUCGGAAAGGAAACACCCAUUUCCUCGAUUCUCAUGAACUCCACCGUCGUUCCUCUAGUGGUAAGAUGGCGGUGCAGCUCGAUGGAGGGGGGAAGGACGACUUGAAAACACAAUUUGUCACGCGAGAAGGAACGUACAAACUGAUGACCCUCUCCGAGUAUUCGCGACCUAACAGGGUGGGCUACACCAACAGCCAAGGCAGCGCUUCGGUCAGGGUGUCCUUCGUCACUUUGCCGGAUCCAGCCGAUCCCACGGGAGCCCAGGGUCUCGGCGACCGCAUGUGCUUCAACUUCGGCAAAGAAUUAUACGUAUACGUUUACCGCGGCGUCAAAAAGCAACUGUUUCAGGCUGUGGAUCUCAACAAACCUGUCGACAAAAAGCUCUACAAAGGAACAAAUCCAACCUGCCAUAACUUCAAUCAAACUACAGCUACCGCAGACAGCGCUCCACUGCUCGUGGGAUUUUCCACAGGACAAAUUCAGCUCAUAGAUCCAAUAAAAAAGGAACUUAGCAAACUUUACAACGAAGAGAGGCUAAUCGACAAGAGUAAAGUGACUUGCAUCAAAUGGGUGCCGGGAUCGAGCAAUCUAUUUCUGGUCUCUCAUAGCUCUGGCCAACUGUACUUGUACAACGAAGAGCUGCUUUGUGGAACGACGCCGCCUCAUUAUCAGCCGUUCAAAUCUGGGGAUGGCUACGCGAUCCACACGUGCAAAACAAAGUCCACGAGAAACCCCCUGUACCGAUGGGUGAUCGGAGCUGAGGGGUGCUGUAUAAAUGAAUUUGCAUUCAGUCCCUGCGGUUCUAAUUUGGCUGUGGUAUCCCAGGAUGGCUUCCUACGAGUUUUUCACUACGAUACGAUGGAAUUAGUGGGAUCGGCGAGGAGCUACUUCGGAGGAUUUUUGUGUGUCUGUUGGUCACCGGACGGACGAUACGUCGUAGUAGGAGGAGAAGAUGAUCUAGUGACGAUAUGGAGCUUCAACGAGAAAAGAGUCGUAGCCAGGGGUCAGGGCCAUCACAGUUGGGUCAGUGUGGUCGCGUUCGAUCCCUACACGACAUCGUACGGGGAUCACGAUCCCGAUUUCAGUGGUUCCGACGACGAAUCCAUACCUCACACCAAUCACAAUAAUCACUUUAACGAGAAGCCCCACAGAUUGUCGACGGUCUCUCAAGGUAUUCAUUCCAAUAGAAAUUCGUGCGGAUCGGAGCUAAGAGUGUCCGGUGGAACGUGCUACAGACUGGGAAGUGUCUCCCAGGACACUCAACUCUGUCUCUGGGAUAUAACCGAGGACGUUCUUCGGCCGCCAGUGAGUGCCAAGCAACGGACGUCGACCGCAGGUUCGGGGACAUUUUCGUCAUCGGGAACAUUUACGAGCGGGAACGGAGCAACGUCCAAUCAUAAUUCCAACAAUGCCAAGCAUAACAAUUUGAAUAAUAUAGGUUUUAAAGAGAGCGCGAGUGGUAACAAUGAAAGUAGUAAUAAUAGUAUUAGCACCAAUACGGCAGUGUCUACGGUGAAUUCGUUGACUCAAAGGCUGGCGGGCUUGAGUUUUGGGGAAAGAAAAGGUGACAAUCACAAAAGAAACUUUAGCCUAACGAUGAGAGGAAGUGGGACGAGCAACAACGCGGUACAAAAUAAUAGUGGGGAGAAAUCAGGCAGUAACUCAAAUUCUAGUAAUUCAAACAGUGUUGGCGCGGGUCUAGGUACGAAUAAAAAGUCUGGCGGUACGAUGGACGAUCCUAUGAGAUUGAUAGGGACCGCCUGGUGUCCACGUUUCGACGAGUGCCCUGUUUUAGAACCAUUGGUGUGCAAGAAACUGGCCCACGAGAGGCUGACUGAAUUAGUGUUUAGAGAAGAUUGUUUCGUGACGGCAUGUCAGGACGGAUACGUCUACACGUGGGCGAGGCCUGGCCACAUGGUAGGUCCUCUGACGAUAAGCAGCACCCUCCACAGGCCCCAUCACCACACCAAUCCUCACACCAACGCCAAUUCUAAUCGACCAAAUGAUCUCUGAUGUAACCCAUCUUUUAUUGUUAUUAAAACUCCGUCGAAUCGAGUUUAUUAACUAAUUAUUAAUCAAUUAAUUUGUAUAUACUAGAGAUAGCUCAGGUCCGUAACCAUAUUGUUAGACAAUUAAUCAAUGGCCUGUAACUAUUUUAUCGAAACCCUUUAAAUUUAUCUGAUAACGACAAGCGGUAACUAACGUGACGGUCGUCGAUGCAAAUAAAUGGAACUAGAAAAUUGUUACAGAACUUUCAGCUAUACUUUAAUUCAGUCCGUACUGUGUAUGAAUACCAAUAUUUACAAAGGAGCACGGAUAUACGUGUGAUACUGUCUCGUUUGGGCGUCAAUUGAAACAUAAUCAAAAUUACGUGUUUUAACGAAUCAGUGCGAGAGAAUAGAGUCUGAAUAUUAGAAAAUCUCCCCCACAUGGUUGAAUUUUGGUUGCGAAAUUUGAGCUCUAUUCUUGAACGAAGUAAAAUUCACUUGGCUAAAUGUUCAGUUUUCGUCGAAACGCAGUAUUAUCCCGCCGCCCCUAUGAUAAUCAAUGCGUCAAAUUGAAUAUAUGAAGAAAGAAGAGAAAUGGCGAAGGAGGAAAAUUGAAAUCACGUUAAAGGAAGUCUAAAUUAUAGAGUAUAUCUAGGUCCGGUUUACAUCUCUGAGAGUGAUAUGUUUAUGUCCAGUGCAGGUCUCGCAGCCGGGCAGGUCCCCCCUCUCUGUCCCCGUUCUCCUAUUUUCCGCAAGCCCGUGUAAAGUGUUACUAGCUUAGCUUAGCCAAUCGUAGUGAAGCAAUGAAAUACAUAACGAGACUAUUGUCCCAGAAUAUUAAUAAUGUGACAUUUAUUCCUUUGUUGGAUAUGAUGAAUUGCCUUGUUGUAAAAUAAAGCAAAAAGUUGAAUGAAAAA